UCCUCCAAUCACUCCCCUCCCAUCACCCCAACACUCUCCCUCCACCUCCCCCUCCGCGCGUGGAGAGAAACGAACAAACUCCAACAUUCUUCGAUUCCUGUCUGAUUAUUAUUAUUAUUGUCAUCCUCAUCAUCAUACUGUUUCCUCUUUGUUUCAAAAAGCUGUUAAAUUUCCGUUACCAAGUUUUGAAACUCUGAAAUUCGUUGGAAACCCUUUAAUCUGACGCAGGUGUUGAGUUGUUUGUUGUAUUGGGGUUUUUGAGUUUUUGAGUUACCAAUGGGGUUGUGGGAAGCUUUUCUCAAUUGGCUAAGAAGCCUCUUUUUCAAGCAAGAAAUGGAACUAUCUUUGAUAGGCCUUCAAAAUGCCGGAAAAACAUCACUUGUGAAUGUUAUUGCAACUGGUGGAUAUAGUGAAGACAUGAUCCCUACGGUUGGAUUCAAUAUGAGGAAAGUUACAAAAGGGAACGUCACUAUAAAGCUGUGGGAUCUUGGUGGUCAACCAAGGUUUCGAAGCAUGUGGGAAAGAUAUUGUCGAGCAGUUUCUUCUAUUGUUUAUGUUGUGGAUGCUGCUGAUUAUGACAACUUACCUGUUUCGAGAAGAGAACUUCAUGAUCUGUUGAGCAAGCCAUCGCUUAGUGGCAUUCCAUUGCUUGUACUGGGUAACAAGAUUGACAAAAAGGAAGCUUUGACCAAGGAAGAUUUGACAGAACAAAUGGAGCUCAAGUCCAUUACUGAUAGGGAAGUUUGUUGCUUCAUGAUUUCUUGCAAGAACUCCACCAACAUUGAUACCGUCAUUGAUUGGCUUGUAAAGCAUUCAAAAGCCAAAAAUUGAGCUGUCCUGCUCGUAUUCAACAUAUGACGAUGUUCCAGUUCCGUAGAGUGUGGAUUUUCAAUCUGCUUUGGAGUGACUUUUGCUGUUUGCCUCCUCGGGUUUGUCAAUAUCUGACCAUCGUCUUCUGUUAUGUGCUUCGUGCAGACUAAGUAUCUAUUGCUUUGGUUGACCUAUGGGUCUUUGCUGCACCCUUGUCUCAAAACGUAGUGUUGGAUACUAUGAUUUGAGUGUCAUGUACAGAAUUUGACUCUAUGAAUUGUAAUGUACAGACUUUGGAUUUCAUUAUUUUGGUUAACAAAUUUGAGUUUGUGUAGUGUAA